AUGGCAACUUAUAAUGUAUUAGGAGAAUUAACAACAUUCAAUGAAGAUGAAACAGUAAUUUCACAUCAGUAUUCAAGAAUAAGAAAAAUUGAAAAUAUUGAAAAAUGUAAAAAGCUAAAAGCUUUGUUAUUGAUAUCUAAUUGUAUUGAUAAAAUAGAAAAUUUAGAAAAUAAUUUAGAAUUAGAACAUUUAGAAUUAUAUGAAAAUAUGAUAAAAAAAAUAGAAAAUAUAGCAAUGCUAACAAAAUUAAAAAUCUUAGAUUUGUCAUUUAAUAAAAUAAAAAUUAUAGAAAAUUUAGGAACAUUAGUAAAUUUAGAAGAGCUAUAUUUGUCUAGUAACAAAAUUUCAAAAAUUGAAAAUUUAGAGAAUUGCAGAAAAUUAAGAUUAUUAGAAUUAGGUUAUAAUAAAAUCCGAAAAAUUGAAAAUUUAGAAAAUUUAGUUAAUUUAGAAGAAUUAUGGUUAGGUAAAAAUAAAAUAGAAGAAAUGAAUAUACCUUUAUUACCUAAAUUAAAUAAGUUAAGUUUACAGCAUAAUAGGUUAACAAAAUGGUGUGAAAAAUCUAUUAAUAAUAUUCUAUCAAUAAAUGAAUUAUAUUUAAGUUAUAAUAAAUUAAAUUGUAUUAUAGAUAAUGUGAAAAACCUAAAAAAUUUAAAAGUUUUAGAUUUAUCAUACAAUGAAAUAGAUAACAUUUUUAUAUGUUCAGAAUUAAAAUCUUUAGAUGAGUUGUGGUUAAAUAAUAACAAAAUUAAUGAUUUAAAAAUGAUUGAAAAUUUAAAUGAAAAUAAAAAUUUAAAAACAUUAUACCUAGAAAAAAACCCAAUUGAAGAAAAAUUAGAAAAGAAUUAUAGACAAAAAGUGAUUAACAUUUUGCCUCAAUUAAAGCAAUUAGAUGCAUUACCAAUUACACCAUUAAAUAUAUCACAAAAAAAUUAA